AUGUCGGUAAUUCCGGGGCGUGCCUUCCUCGUUAGAGAAAACCCUUUCCGCGACCAGUAUACAACCUCAUUCUUUGAAAGACUGCACCGCAACGGUUACACCCUCGGAUCUCUUUCUGAACAGCUGCGGAUGAUCGGCCAGGUCGCCGGUAUGACAUGUGAUAUCUUCUACGACGGCUCCUUGCGUAGCAAAUACCAUUUGAGUGAUCGGCAAGUAGCCAGGAAGUUGCAUGCGCUGGUCAAUAAGACAGUUCUCCAUACGAAGGAGGCUAUCUUUUUCAUCAGCACCGAGGGAUCGAUGCCGGAUGAAGAGAAUCACUCUCGGAGGAACACUCUGUUCAUGAAAGUCGGGAUCGCCUUGUGUCGUCUACUACUGUUGAACAAAGCCGUCAAGCCGUCUCAAGCUGCAAUCUUCGCUCCAUACGAAUAUCAGCGAUACAACUGA